AUGCAGUCGUGGCCCAAUCCUAGCCAAGACGACGGUGGCGGGCAGGACGCCUGGCAAUCUAGCUUUGCCUUUGCCGACCAAGGAGCCGCCUUCGACCCGAAUCAGCAAUGGGCCCAGCAGAUGGCGGGCCAAACGGCCGACUUUUCACACCUCCAUCAAGACCCUGCGGCAUUCUUCGACGCGUCCUCUGCAUCCAGCAAUCCCUACAUGCAAGCGCACGGUAGUCCCACGAAUCAACCUACAUUUUCGACCCAGCCGUACGGCCAACAAGACCAGGAUGCCAUCGAUACUGCUUUCCAUAAUGUACAUCCUAAUCUGUAUGCACAUGGAGCCAAGCCCAAUGCCGGGGCGAAUACCAAUCAACUAGACGAGGGGCAGGCGUUUGCUCCGCAUAACUAUUCAUUUCCGCCAGGAAAUGCAACCUUUCACCAGCAACCAUUCACGCAAUCGCAUCUGCAACAACAUCCGGUCAACCGACAGCCAGAGCAGUAUGGAGCUUUCCCGCAAACCCAACAAGCCGCAGUACAACCACAACGAGUCGUCACGCCGCAGGGCGCGUAUCGCCAUAGUCCAGGGCUCGUUCCGCCGCCUACCGGUCAACCAGCACAGUAUCAAACCGAUCCGCAUAUGAAUUAUCCCGCACAAAGGCAGCCAUAUCAAUUACAGAACGAGCAAGUAAAUUCGCCCCAGCCGCAAAGACAAGCCUACCAAGAUGGCAUCCAUACCUUCCAAGGACAACCGACUGCUGUCCAGCAGAAUGCCACGCAACAAAAUAUACAAUACGCCGUCAACGCAUUUUCGCCUCUUGAUGCAACAGGCCUUGCUGCUAAGAAAAGGAAAAGGACCACGAAAACUCCCGACUCGAGCUCCGAAGCGACACAGGAUUCGGUAUCAGAUACGCCGGCAAAGAAGGUUGAAGACAUGGAUGCAUAUCCUGUUCCUGUACCCUCGGCCGAAGACCAAGAGCGACUUGCCAAAUUUAGCAAACGCAGUAAAUCCGCACAAGUCAAAUAUCCGUCCAUCAAUGGCCUGCCGCACCUUGUAUUCGAUGGCAGCAUGAAGAUGCCAGCGCCCAAGAGCUUCGAUAAGCUCGCCCCCCUCGUGACCCUACCGCCAAGAUCUGGAAAGGCCAUGGUCCCUGAACUGGGCUAUAGCCUACCCUGCGAAAUCCAAGGAAAAUUCACAAGCCAGUACCGCCCAGCGCCGGAUCGAGCUGGCCUAAAUGAAAGACGCAUGGAAGCAAAGGACCUUUUGGAUCAAUUUGAAGGGUCCAUGAAAGCCAUGGGCAAGCGUCGGCCCAAGUACACAGAGUAUCCUCACGCCUUUAAGGAGCAAAUGAAAUCAGACGAGGCAGUUAGGAACAAGGCUGGAAAGAAGGCCAAGAAGGAGCUAGAGGGCGACCAGAAUAAGUCUAUUCGCUCUGCUGUUCGACCAACAGAUCCGGUGGAGGCCGCAAGUUGGGAUGCAAUUGGUAUCGUGCAUCUCGACCAAUCCGUUGCGCGCACAAGCUCGUUAAUUGCGCAGCGAGUGCAGCAAGCGGGAGAUUUAAUUAUAAAGUUGCGGGGCGAAAUGCACAAGGCAAAGCAAGAGCUGGACCAAGCAACGAAAGAUAAGAAACUGGAGUCCGAGAUUGUGGUCAUUAAAGCCAAUUACGAACAGAGAAAGGAAGCCUUUUUUCGUGCUUUGGACUCGAUAGUUGAGCAUGCUGAUGACGCCGUCUUGGAUAAUCUGGGAGGACACCACAAGCUCAUUCUGAGCCUCGUCAAUGCGCUGAUUGCUUGCGUCAAGGCCGCGGACUUUUCAGGCAAGCUACCGAAAAUCGUGCUGGAGCUCAUUUCGCUCUUCCGCAUGACGAAGAAGAUUGUCGACACAACGAACUUCGAAACCGUUCGCAAGCGUUUUGGUGACAAGGGUGACGCUGAUGUCAAAGAGAUUAUCCAAGACAUCAACGCCAAGAUUAAAAAGGUCAUGAAAGUAAGCGAGUCUGAGACGGCGACUGGAUACACAGGCACAUCGGCUGCUAGUAGGGCUAAAGCUGCGGCCAAAUCGGUUACCGAUACGACGAUAAAGAGAAGCCGGGAAGAUGAUUCGGACAGCCGGACUUCGAAGAAAAUUGUUGUCGAGCCACCAAACAGCAGCUCGCUACUCAAGAAGCUCGCCCAACCAAAAGCGCAACCACAGGCUGUUCCCAAGCCUGUGGCGAGCUCCAUUUUGCCUGGCAAGAGUCGACCAGCAGCCAAACCAACCACUAAGCUGGAGGGCCCAGCCAGCGUAGGCAGCCCUGCGGCUUCUGGUGACGAAAAACCAAAAGCUCCUGCCCGUAAAGUAUCCGAUAGCAAGAGCGAUCUCGCCAAGGCGCCGCCUCCUAAAUCAGCGACCUCGGCAACGUCUAGUGCACUUUCUGGUAUCGCAUCCCUCUUGGACUCCAUUAACGCACCAAAGGCGGAGGCCGCGGCGGCUGCAAUGGCUACUAAGGAAGCAGAGGUUGAGGAUGACACUGAAACCCCCGCAGAGAAGGCAAAGCGGCUGCGAAAACUGGAGCGUCGCAAACUGCGUGUUUCGUGGAAGCCGGAUCAUGAUCUCGUACAGGUCAAGAUUUUCCAGAAGGACGCCAACGAGGACGAAGGCCGCGCCAUGAACAUGAUUCGCGAUGCUGCUGAUGACAAGUCCGAAGGCAUGAUGCUGAAGCAACGAGUCGGCAUGGACGAAGAUGACGAAGAUGACGAUGUGCCCUAUCAACCAUGGCUUGGCCCCGUUGAGACGGACUUUUCCGGGCUCUCAGCGGAGAUCAGAAGCAAGAACUUUGUCACUCGCGGUGGUACAGUUACAUUUUCGACCGAAGAACAGAAGCGCAUUGCGGAGAGGGAGCAGCGGGAGCUCAUGGCCAUUUACACCGAUCCCGGCGACAUUCCGCCGACACCCAAAUCACCGCCCCUAGAGUCUGCAACAUCCGCAAUUCAGGGCAAGGUUGGGCAGCUGCCGAGCGAAGACGCCAAAUUCGCUGAAAUCCAGCGUCGCUGGGCUGACGAGCAGCAGAUGGGUGUUGAUCAGGCAUUGCUGGCGGCUGUUCAGCGCCUGCAAGCCAAGCAGACUCCUGCCAGCAAACUCGACGCGAUCCUUGGACGCCUUCGGAACAGCGAUCCUGCUGUGUCUGCCAGCCAAUCGGCCGCUGCCACUGCUGCAGCCCAACAACCGAUUUCGAUAGCGGCAAGCAACGUUCCUCUGAUUACUGGUCUCGCCGCAGAAGAGGGCAUUCUUGCAUGGCUUCGCUCAGAUAAGAUUGCUGUUUGGCGCGACCCGAACCCUGUCCAUGGAGAUAUCUCACGCCCACAUCGGUAUGCGGACGCAUCCUCCCAGGCUGCCGGCCACGUUAUCGAAGCUGUCGCGCAGUACCUACAAGGAAAGUCCUAUCCUGCUAACGCCCCUCCUGACUGGAUGCUUCAGUACGAAGACAAGGUAAAGGAGUGGUGGUUUGGCUACAACAAGGAAGCACCUGCAAGACAGCGCAGAGAAGAGGAGAGACGUGCAAGAGCUGCAGCGGAGGCCGGACCGGUGGCUAUCGCACAGGGGAUGCAAGAUUGGUCAUAUGCGCAGCAACAAGAAUUUGCCCCGUAUAUGGCGAUCCUGCAACAAAUGAAUGGUGGAAAUGCAGCAGUACCCCCUGCACUACCGCAGCAGCAAUCACAGAUGAAUGAUAGUCAGCUGCAGUCUAUUUUAUCGGCCAUUAACCAGGGCCCACCACAGCCUAGCCAGUCGAGUGGCGAUGCUGCGUACCAAAUGAUGCUGCAAAUGGCACAAGGACAGGUCUCGCAACAGCAGGCUCAGCAGCAACCGCAGUCGCAGGCGUCUGGUGGGGACAGGGAUCACGAUUGGGAGAGGGACGAUGAUCAGGAGCAGGACCGCGGGCGUGGACGCGACUGGGACCGAGACCGGGGCCGCGGUGAUGGCGGACGAGAGGAUCCGUAUCGUGACAACCGCAACAAGAAGAAGGCGACCCUGCCACCGCACAAGCCAGCCAACAAGGCGCUGAUUGGCACCAAGGCAUGCACGUUUUGGCAGCAGGGCAAGUGUGCUCGUGGAGAUAUGUGCACAUUCCGCCACGACUGA